AUUGUUUUGAACAUUUGUUAUUGCAACUUCUUGAUUUAUAUCUACGGCCAUUUUAAGUCAUGGUAGAGGAAAUAGAACUUGGUUAUAGAACUCUCAAAUGGCUGGAGACAUUAGAAUCAAAUCAAAUACCCGAGAAUGUUCUUCCUCAUAUGCGCAAUAUAGUUGCAAAUAUCGUGGAUUUUCAAAAUGGAUUUUCCUUACCCUAUAGCUACGGGGAAAAUAAUCAUAAAGACGUGAAGCUGUUAAAAAUGUUCCAGCCCUACAGAGCACUGGUCAAGUUCGGUGUUGCCUAUCCGGUUGAUUCCUCAAAUAUAAAAGACAUCGAUGCUGAUCAAGACAGCUAUGUAUUUGAUAAUUCUACGCAGGAAGUUGCAUGCAUAGCAGGAAGUAAAGCAUGGAAACUAGAGGUGGAAGCAGGUAGAAUAGUGGGUAAGGAUGCGAUACCGCCUAUUUUAGAAUCAUUCGAAUGGAUUCAAAAUCUUUUUGCGGUCUUAGCUUCAGAAAAUUUAAGUGAUGCACAAAAAAAAGAGGCAAGAUCCCUUGCAUCUAUUUGGUACUAUAUUGCAACACUUAUUUCGUUUGAUGGAGAAAAGGGCGAAGACCUUUCUAAAAGCAAAAUUAUAGAAAUGAUAAGCAGCACUUUCAAAUGCCAAAAAAAUUUAGCCGUGUUUAAAGAAAAGCGUGCCAAAAAAUUAAAUGAUGCUAGAUAUGACCAAGACGUUGUGCAGGAAAAAACGGAUAAAAUUGAAGGAUUGAAAACUAAAAAAAGAGGAAAGAAAAAUCCCAUGAAAAGGUACAGCACUAUAGACAAAGACUUUAUAGAAGAAGCUAAUAGCAAUGAGAAAGAAGAGGAAAAAGAAAAAAAGGAUUGUGCACAGUGCCACGAUAAAUAUACCUCUAUAGAUAAACUUGAGCAAAAAGGCUUACCUAGUGAUAUCCGUGCCACGGAAAGCUAUACCGAGAGAGAAAAAAAAAAGGACUCUGCUCUUUCUGAUUCAGAUGAAACGAAAUUGGGUAAAUUUGAAUACAAAAGUUUGCAUCUAUCUAAAGGUUCUUACAUCGGUGAAGACGAUAAUAGUGAUGACAUAGAUGAAGAAGAUGACGAAGAUGACUAUAUGGAUGAAGAAGACGAGGAAUAUAUAGAUGAAGAAGAUGAGGAAUAUAUAGAUGAGGAAGAGGAAUAUAUAGAUGAAGACGACGAAGACUAUAUAGAUGAAGACGAUGAUGAUUAUACAGAUGAAGACGAUGAUGAUUAUACAGAUGAAUACGAUGAUGAUUAUACAGAUGAAUGCGAUGAUGAUUAUACAGAUGAAGACGAUAUCGAAUAUUUAUGUAAACAAGGUUACGAAAAUUCUCAAGUUCAAGAGAAAGGUAAGCCCUCUGUUGAGUGCAAAUGUGACAAUCAAAAAGUUUCCAAAGUAUUUGAAAUAGACAGAUUAAGUGACAAGUCUUCUGAGGAUAAGAGGCUCAAAACUUUUCGAGAGUAUGUACUGAGUUGUGUUGAAAAGCUUAAUGCUCAACUGCCAAGUGUAGAAGAUGGUGUCUGGCUGGAUAGGACAUUAAAAAUGAUGUCUAUCGCAGAAUGUGACGAAUUGGCAUGGUAUCCUUGGGGAAUACCCCCAUUACUACCAUUAAAAAUGAGUACAAAAAGUGAGGAUGCGGCUGAAAGAGAGCAUGCAAUUAAGCUUCUCUCUUCACUUAAAAUAGCUGGCUAUGAACCUUCAGGUAAAGAAGAACAGAUUCAAGCGUAAUCUUAUGUCAAAAAAAGCUUUACCUGAGUCUAUUUUCAUCAUGUUUCUGAAAACAUGAGGUACCUUGUAAGAACAUGACUAAAAGGACAAUAAAAAUUUAAAACGUGAAUAAAAAGGCGUAGCCAUAUGGCAUCUUCCCAUGGAAAUACACUUUAAAUAAUGAUAUGUUAUUGGCCCUUGAUGUGAGGCACAAUUUUAGCUGU